AUGUCCCACCGAACAAACGGGCACGCGAAGGGGUCGAUGUCACAUCGCAUCACCAACAUCCUGAGCGAUGACUACGAGGAGCUACCCAUGUAUAAAGACAAACCACACUAUCCUCCCUCGCGGCGGAAAAAGAUGUACCAGCGUCGGGGUCCCCAGGUAGCAAUCGCACUGCUCCUUCUCUCGUUCCUAUACUACACCGGCUACCUCCCAUCCGGCCGCUCGCCUCGGCCGCCGCAUACACACCACCAUUACCACCAUGGCACGCCCUCGAAAGAUCCUGCACUAUGGGCCGCCCGAGCAGACGAGGUCCGCUCAGUCUUCAAGACCACAUGGGCCGGCUACGAGAAAUACGCGUGGGGUCUCGACGAAUACCACCCAAUCUCCAAGUCCGGCCGCAACAUGGUCGAAGGCGGCAUGGGCUGGAUCAUCGUCGACGCCCUUGACACCGCCAUCCUUAUGAACCUCACCACCGAGGUCAGCCGCGCACGCGAGUGGAUCCGCACAAGUCUGCACUACACCGCCGACCACGACGUCAAUACGUUCGAAACCACCAUCCGCAUGUUGGGUGGCUUAUUGAGUGCGCACUGGCUGAGCACUACAUACCCACACCUCGCGCCACAAACCGAUGAUGAUGUGCUGCAGCCCGGCGAGGAUCUGUACAUCGAAAAAGCAACACACCUCGCCGACCGCCUACUCGGCGCCUUCGACACACCCAGCGGCAUCCCUCUGGCUUCCAUCAACCUCAACACCUCCCUCGGCAUUCCUGCCGGCGACGGCCUCAGCUCCACCGCUGAAGCCGCCACUCUACAGCUGGAAUUCAAGCACCUCAGCAAAAUCACCGGCGAAUCCGUCUACUGGGAGACGUCCGAGAAAGUCAUCAAAGUCAUCGACGAUUUACAGCCUGAGGGCGGGCUGGUGCCUAUUUUCAUGAGUCCGCAGACGGGGACGUUUCGCGGGCAGAAUAUCCGGUUGGGGAGUCGAGGGGAUUCGUACUAUGAGUAUUUGUUGAAGCAGUGGUUGCAGUUUCGGGGUUCGGAGCCGGUCUACCGUGAGAUGUGGGACGAAGUCUUAGAUGGGAUCAAGCGGUAUCUGGUGACGUGGACUAAGCACGGGAACAUGACGAUUAUUGGGGAGCGCCAGAAUGGGUUGAAUCACGAGCUGACGCCCAAGAUGGAUCACCUGGUUGCUUUCAUGCCCGGGACGAUUGCACUGGGUUUGACUAAUGGGACGACGGUGGAAGAAGCGAAGCAGAAAGGCAUGUGGACGAGACAUCAAGAAGCAGAUCUGGCGUUCGCGAAAGAGCUGAUGAAGAGCUUCUGGGCGAUGUAUAAGGGCACCGCCACCGGACUAGCCCCCGAAAUCGCCUACUUCCACGUGGAUAGCCCGCCGAGGCAAUGGUCCUUCGAAGAAGGCUGGACAUUACCUCAAAGUAACACCGAUGACUUCGAUGAUGUCGCCGAAAGCACUUCUUCCAGCGCCACAACAUCCACUUCGGCCCACGACCACGAUCAUGAUCACGACACCAACUCUCACCCAUGGAAGCAGGAUCUCGACCUACACACCCAAGACCUACAUAACCUCCUCCGCCCCGAAACAGUCGAAUCCCUCUUCUACAUGUACCACAUCACCCAAGACCCCAUCUACCGCGAGUGGGGCUACGAAAUGUUCCAGUCCUUCGUCGAACACGCUGCCGUGCGCGACGAUAUCACAGGGGAAGUCUACGCCUACGCUUCGCUCGACACCGUCGAUUCUCUGGACAGCAACGGUAAAAUCAGAGACCGGGACAGGAGGGACAACAUGGAGAGUUUCUGGCCUGCCGAGACGCUGAAAUAUUUCUUCCUGCUGUUCAGUGAACUUGGCGGUGAGGGCGUGGCGGCAGCUUCUUCUGGUUCAGUCGUUAGCGGAAAAGCGAGCAGCAGCAAUGUAAUGCCGUUCAGGCUAGAGGAUGUGGUCUUCAACACGGAAGCACAUCCCCUUCCCCGCUUCGACAUCUCCACCAGCACAAUAUGGAAGACGGGGUGGCAGCGCAAACCACGCACAGCAUCCCCAGCAGCAGCAGCUCCUGGCGCGACUGGCGAAGAGCAGGUCCCUGUAGGCCUCGGCGUGCCUUCCUCGCCGAUCGACGCCGCUGUUGUCGCGGAUGGGAUCCGGAAGAAAUUGGCUGAUAGUAAGGACUCAUUCGAGAUCAAGCACGGCAAAAUUGGGCUGGAUGAUAAGGUCCUGGACGAGCGUGCGGCGGCGUCGGAGGCGUUGGGGAGGCACCAGGAAGCCUUGGCGGCGACAGCGACUGUGGCAGCUACGAUGGCAGCUGGGGACGCGGAGUGGGAGGAUAAAUCUUGGACUGAUGGGAGAGAUGUAGAUCACCCAAUGGGGACGCCUCAUGAGGGCGAGCCAAAGAAGGUCGAGGUACAAAGGGGAGGCAAAACGGAACGAGGUGGUGGAACGGGGCAGAAGGAAGGUGAGAAGAUCGCUGACCGCGACGCUAUAUAA